AAUUUUCGACUUAGUUAACUUUAUUUUAAAGUCAAGUUUUAAAAAUGUUGGAAACUAGUAAAAGUUCAAUUAAAAAAUGCAUUAAAAAACAACAGCGAUGCCAAGCAAUAAUAGGAAAAGAUGCUAAUAUUGUAUUUUCAGACCAGCCAACAAAUAAUAUCGUUAUUUGUAAUGCGGGCCUUUCUAAUGGUUUAACCCCAGAACAAGUAAUAGAGAAUUUUACCCAAUAUGGACCAAUUUCUGCCGUUCAUAUGUUACCAGGAAAGUCUUAUUGUUACCUCAUAUUUCAAAAUAUAUAUGAUGCUGAACAUGCUUACAACUCAUGCAAUGGCAUUCUUAACUUAGCUCAGGACAAGAAACCUCUUUAUUUGGGGUACACAAAUUCUACUUUAACAUCUCCAACUUCAAAUUCAUUUGAUAAACCACCAGGGUUAAAAAUAAUAGAAAAUGUUUUAACUGCAGAUGAAGAAACUUCAUUUCUAAAUUUUAUUCUUAAUGAUCCAGAAAAUAAUGAACAUCAGCAGCUAAAACAUAGAUUUGUUAAGCACUUUGGAUAUGAAUUCAAGUAUGAAAUCAAUAAUGUUGAUAGGAAUUCACCACUUAAAGAAACUAUACCUUCACAUUGUGAGAAAUUAUUUAAGUUCAUGAAUAUAACUCCUGAUCAAUUGACUGUGAAUUGUUAUAAUCCUGGGCAGGGUAUACCAGCUCAUGUAGACACACAUAGUGCUUUUGAAGGUCCAAUUAUUUCACUAUCAUUAGGGUCUGAUGUUGUUAUGGAGUUUAAACAUGAUGAUGGAAGAAGUUGUUCUGUUUUGCUGCCAAGAAGAAGUUUGACUAUAAUGGAUGGUGAAUCAAGGUAUGAUUGGACACAUGGCAUCACACCAAGAAAAUUAGAUGUAAUUAAAGGCAUGAAUGGUUUGACAAUUAAUAAAAGAGAUGUGAGAGUAUCUUACACCUUUAGAAAAGUUAAUAUGUCAGGUGUUUGCACUUGUAACUAUCCAUCAAAGUGCGACUCGCGUAAAAAUAUAGAAAUUAAUGAUGAAGAUGCUAGAAAACUGGAAGAUAUUCAUGUACAACAGGUGUAUAAUAACAUAGCGUCGCAUUUUAGUGAUACUAGGCAUACACCAUGGCCAAAUGUACUUGAAUUUGUUCAAUCGUUUGAUUUAGGUUCUGUUGUUCUUGAUAUUGGAUGUGGUAACGGCAAAAACAUCGGUCAUACUAUUACAAACUUCGAGAUUGGUUGUGAUAACAGUAUAGGACUAUUGUCUUUAUGCCGUGAACGCAACUUGGAAGCACUUGCUUGCAAUUGUCUUCAAGUGCCAUUUAAAGACUCAAUCGCCGAUGGCAUUCUAAGUAUUGCUGUAAUCCAUCACUUAGGCAGUGAAUCACGACGUCUUCAAGCCAUUGCAGAAAUAAUUAGAUUACUACGAGUAGGCGGUAAAGCAUUGAUAUAUGUAUGGGCAAAAGAUCAAAAUCGUAAUGAAAAAUCAAGCUAUCUUAAACAAGACCGCAAAAAUCGUAAAAGCACUAGUUGCGUUCAAGCCUCCAAUACCACCAAAAAAGUUAAUGUUGGUGAAAAUAUUGCUUUAGCCGUACACACAAACCGUAAGCAGUUUGCUGAACAAGAUAUGCUGGUACCAUGGAAACUAAAGGGCACCGAAAUUGAAAACAAGAACGAAUCGGAGUUUCUUAGGUUCUAUCACGUCUUUCAAGAUCAAGAACUUUUAUUACUCGUUGAAUCUUUUAAGAAUGUUAACAUACUUAAGUACUAUUAUGAUCAAGGUAAUUGGUGUGUAAUUUUUGAGAAAAUAAAUUGAAUUAUACAUAA